UAUUUGCAUACGAUGGAAACAAAAUUUAAUCGCAAUGAACGGAAUUAUGAUGGUGGUGCUAUUGAAUCUGAUGGAGGUUUAGCAGUUUUUUCUCACCCUGAAAAUUUUUUAGGCAGUGUCGACAUAGCGGGCGUUCUUGAUUCAUCAGAAUUUGAGCAGGCACAUUUUUAUAUUUUGAAGAACUGUGAUGAAAUUCAACCAUUUCUCGAAGAAUUUUCACAAAUUCCAGUUGAUACGUCUAAAAACAAUUCAGAUAUCGAAUGGAAUAGACAAUUCGUUAGUUGGUUAAAAAUAAAGGUUGACAUGAAUCCAUCAAAACUUGAGAACUCUGGAAUGGGAUCAACGUUCAAGACUAAUAAGCAUGCAUACAUUCCACCUGGUGCCUUAGCAAGUAGACGAGGGAAAAGCUUAAAACCUUCGGGCUCCGUAAGAGUAAUGGCUGAACAAAGAACUCCAAUUGGCCAAAGUAAAAUUUUUAAUGCAUCCACAUCUUAUCAACAUGAGCCAGCACAGAAUAAUAUCCUUGUACCUCCUGGUUUUGAUCAAAUUGAAGAUGAUGUUUCCCUCUCUACAGAAGUUGAAGGGAUGCAAGAUACUCAGACAAACGAAACAAUUGUAGGUCCUCGUGAAUCUGAGAAAGCAAAAAAGGUGAGAGGAAAGAACAUUUGUAAAAAUGUUGCAAGACUCAAACCUGGAGAAAAGUUGAGCGUCACUUUUUACCAGAAUCGAGCUGUUGGGAAGCAUGCUACCUCGUUUGUGAGACACUUAGGUAUUUUAGUUCGUGAUCGUAAUAUGUGCCCAUUGAGGGUACACUCCUUGAAGGACAUCGAAGAGGUUAAGCUAGAACACAUGUGGAAUGCUGUUACUGAUAAAUUUGUCUGUGACAACAUGAAUGAUAAAAAAGAACAUGUCUUACAACAUAUGAGAAGGUUAUGGAAUAACUGGAGAGGAUCACUGCACAAUAAUAUGAAGUCUAAGCCAUUCCGCGAUGCUCUAAAAGAUGUGCCAAGGGAGAUAAACGAAAGUGAUUGGGAAUGGCUGGUUAAGGAGCAUUUCUUAAGUGACAAGUUUAAGGAAACAAGUACAAAAAACUCCGUCAAUAGGUCUAAGUUGAGAAUGCCUCAUCGUACGGGUAGUAAGCCUAUUAGACAGAUAACAUAUGAAUUGGUAAGUAAAUCUUGAAAUCCUUUAAGAAGCUCCUUCUUUGUUAAAAUGAUUGCUUUUACCUGUUUGUUUAUAUGCGAAGGGAGGUAAAGAUUGUAAACCACCAAGC